AUAAGUUCAAAUAAAUGUCUACAAAAAAUUUCAUAACCGGAGGAGGUUGGUGUGAAGACUAUUAUUUCUAAGAUAUAUGUAUGUAUGUUUGUACCAUUGAUGUAAAUCCAUGCUGCUUAUAUCCUUUUCACACAGCCAAAUUAGUAGGGCAAUUACAAUUUUAAUUGAGUGACCAUUCAUUUCAUUUUCAACUCGAUUAAAAUUCGAUUAAACAAUAAUGUAGAAAAAUCUCAAGUAAUCCAUGUUGAUAAUUUAUCAAGAUCCUUUUAUGAAGUAAUAAAUUAUAGACAUUGUCAAGAUUCUUAUCAAGAUCAUGUUCUAUGACAACCUUGAUAAAAAUAUAAAUCUUGCAUUUUGUCAGGCACACCCAGAAAUAACAUCGCGAAAAAAUUGGCCAAAUAAGACUCAACAAAUGCGAGAUUUAUGGCAGCAGCUGAGAGAGGAGUUAAAUUGCUGUAGAGGCCCGAAACGUAAUGUAGCAAAAUGGAAAGAGAUGUUGUGUGUGUGGAAGAGCCAGCUCCAUGCGCGAGCAAGGCGUUUGAAAAUUAAUCAAAGACUGACAGACGGAGUACCAAGCUUAAAGCCGAUGUCUGAUUUCGAGAAAAAGGCGUUAACCACAUUUGCUUCGGCAGCUGCCAUGAGUAUUGAAAGAUUUUAUUUGAAAACCCAUGAUUAUUUGACAGUUGAGCGCACAACAUCACCAACUGGAACUGCAUCAUGCUCGGGUAGUCCUCGGGCAUUAUGCAGCCCGCUGGUAAUACCUUCGAACAACGGGCAAUCGGCAAUAUCGUUAAACUCAGAACCAUCAGCACCAUCACCAUGUCCAUCGGUUGACUUGGAAAAUCAGGAUGCUUCCACAUCACGUCUAUCACGAAGUGAGCGCAACGAGCUUAUCAACACCUUGAUUGCUGAUAUAGCCAAAAGGUAUGGUGCUGAGGAGAGACAACGCAUUGAAAACGACAGGCGACAGGAACAUCGGGAAUGAUGCAGGCCAUACAAGGGCUAACUAAUACUGUAAUGGAAUUAGUAAAUGUAUUAAAACACAACUUUCCCAAUAGUUCGGAAUAAAAUAACUAUUAUUAAGAAGUCUUUAUUUUUUUCGAAAUUUGCUGCAUGAUUUGCAAUUGAAUUGAAAAGACAAUUGUGAUUAUUCGUGUUAAAAUCUCUAUGCAAGGACUAAUUCGUUGAAGGUUAACAAUGAGCAAGUUCAAAUAUACCUUUUAAGAGUGCUUUAACUGUAACAGUAUACAUAUAUACAUAGGUAUGUAUGUAGACUGUAAAUCCAUAAUACAUUACUGCAAAAAGA